UAAAAUUUUGUUUACCUCAGUAAAAAAGUUUUCCUUCGCAUGUCAAUUGAAUAACUCAGACAGAAUCCUUAAAUCGUUUCGUUGAGAAAACCGUCUUUUUGUAAAUUAUUGUAUAUUUUGUGUUUCGUGUUAAGAACUAAUUGUCGAAGAUUUCAAGUCGUCCGGGGUUUUAAACAAACGAAAGAAAGAUGACUCACAUCGACAUCGAUAAGCCGCUGUGGGACUUGAAAACUUUUUCUGGACGAUUUAUGCAUUUUCUGUGGGUCACUGAUCCGCGUACAUGUUUCACUUCUGAGGAAGACUUGAUUAAAGCUAAGGAACUGGUUACACAAGUAAGAAACGGCCAACACUCCUCUAAGGUAACUUUGGAAGAAAUUUAUCAUGCAAAAAAGUUGUAUGAGAGUGCAUUUCAUCCUGACAGUGGAGAAUUGCAAAACAUUUUCGGACGAAUGAGCUUUCAAAUGCCUGGCGGCAUGGCAAUCACUGGCGCCAUGUUGCAGUGGUACAAAACAAAUACUGCUGUUAUUUUCUGGCAAUGGGUUAACCAGUCAUUCAAUGCUCUAGUCAAUUACACCAAUCGUAAUGCUAACUCAUCACUAACUACUACUCAAUUAGUAGUGUCCUAUGCAUCGGCUACGAGCGCAGCGUUAGUAGCGGCCGUUGGCUACAAAGGAUAUUUGAUGAAAAGAGCUAGCCCCUUUUUUCAACGCUAUGUACCAUUUGUAGCAGUGGCAGUAGCGAAUUGUAUCAACAUUCCACUUAUGCGUCAAAAUGAGCUUAUAUUCGGCAUCGACAUACAAGACGAAAAUGGAAACCAAGUUGGUAAAAGUCGAGCUGCAGCAGCCAAAGGAAUAAGCCAGGUCGUUUUUUCACGUAUUGCAAUGUGUGCUCCUGGAAUGUUGAUAUUACCGGUCAUAAUGGAGAAACUAGAACAGUAUAAAUCGUUCCGACGGCUGUCAUUUCUACACGCGCCUUUCCAAGUCAUGGUUGUGGGUUGUUUUUUGACAGUUAUGGUACCCACUGCAUGUGCAUUGUUCCCGCAGACGGCGUCUAUCAGUACAAGUACCAUGAAGCUACUGGAACCUCAAUUAUUCGAAAGCAUGGAGUACAAAGGUGAACUACCAUCUAAAGUUUACUUCAACAAAGGACUGUAGACAAGAUGAAAUAAACGCAGUGUUUUCACCGUAGCAUAAA